UGCUCAAUCAAAAAUGUAGCAGGUUUUUGUCAUUUCCAUCUUGUUUUUACAAUACAUUUUAGGAGGACGAAUCAGUUGAAGACAAAAGGCCACUGCGUCGGGGAAGAUCAUCUGAAAUGCCUGCGAGAGCAAAGGGAACCAGCAAAACACCCAAGGAAGAGAAUAAAGAUGAUGAUGAUCAGAAGUUUGAAAGUGAUGAAGAAUCUGAAAAGGAAACUAAGCCUCCUCGCAGAGGAAGGUCUUCCAAACAGCCCUCCACUCCACUCCAGGAAACUGGUAAAUCAUCUAAAGAGAAGGAAGAGGAAAAGGCUGAAAACUCUGGAGAUGAGAGAAAAUCAGAGAAGGUUGAGAAGAAAACUCCUUUACGCAGGGGGAGACGGUCUGCUGCACAAGGGAAAGAAACAGGCAAUCAGGAUGAGGCUGAAGAAAAGCCAGAUGUUGACUCUGAACAAAAACAGGAUGAGAAAGAAGAUGAAAGAACUGAACAAAAGAUGUCUGGGCGCAGGGGAAGGCCUCCAAAACAGCUUUCCAAAGAAACAGAUAAACCAUCAAAGAUGCAAAAUGAAGAAAAGAAUAGACAGACCCCUGAUGCAGAUUCCAAAGAUGAGGAAGAGACAGAAAAUGAGGGAAAAGUCACAAAAAGGGGAAGAGCAAAGUAUCCACCCAAGGAGUCCAAAGAUACAAGCAAGUCAACCAGAAAGAGAAAGUGUUCUGAAGAAUCUGAUGAGUCAGAUGAUGAGAAUGAACCUGAAAAGUCUGAAGAUAAGAAACCUGCACCAAAGAAACGGCCUCCAAAGCGUGCGUGUAGUGACAGUGGUAGUCCAACCGAGGAGCCAGGAGACGAGGACGAAGACUAUGACGAGGAAGAAGAAAGAACAAAUGAUACAAAAGCAAGAAAUGAUGAAGACAAAGAAAAAACAAUGGAGAAGAAAAAUGUUCGAAGAUCCUCCAAAGGUAGUCCAGCAGAGGAAUCGGAAAAGCAAGAUUCGGAUAAGAAAGAUAAAAAAACUGAACUGGAAGGAAAUGAGGAUGAGGAAGGAGAAGAUGACGGUGAUGAUGAGGAGGAAGGGGAGGAGGAGGAGGAGACACAGAUAAGAGCUACUACACGUUCUGCUUCGAGGCUGGAGGCUGAGAGAAACAAACCCAGUAAACCUUCUACACGGGCAGUCAGGAAACUCGACACCUCAGACUCUGUCCGGGAAAAACCUUCUACAUCCGCCAAGGAAAAAGCAUCCCCUGCUCAUGCUACAACAACACGAUCAAGAGUCCAGCCCUCCCCAGCAAGUAAGCAGGGACGUAGACGUGAAACCAGUCCCCCUGCGGCCCGCACACGGGGGGGACAAAAAACAGAGGAGCCCCCUUCUAAAAGGACCAAGCGAUAAACUGAAAUGCUGUCAGAGGUAGUGAAUGUUGUGGGAGUUCCUAAUCCAGGACUGCCUAAAUAGGUAGUCAAGGUGGCAGGUUUUAAAAAUAGAUACAUUUGAUGUUUGAUUUAAUGGGUUUGAUUUGAAGACUGAGCAUUUCUGCAUAAUUAAUUAAAUUGAUUAUGAGAUUGUCAUUUAAUCAGCGUAGGUUAACCAUCUGUACAGCAUAUAAAGAAUGUUUACUUAAACUGUAUGUUCUUGCUCCAGUGGUUUUCGAAGCCAUAGAAGGAGUCAUUUUGCCUCUGUUAUACAUGCAAAUCGAUAUUUUGGAAGCCUAUGGAAAACUAUGUAAAUAUAUCCAAAAGUAUGCUUUUAUGUUUAAAAAAAAAAAAAAAGAAACUGUAUGACUGUUGUCAUAUUCAUUCUAUGAAUGUUGUAAUGCAGUGCAGGUAUGUAUUUCUUUUUUAUUAUAUUGUAACUUCAUGUUUUGAUUGGUUUUCUUAAUUUUACAAACAUUAACUGUAAUGUACUUUUGUUAUAAAAGAAAACAAAAGACUCAUGAAAAAAGUUUGCCCUUUUAAUACACCAUGUUUAUCUUGAGUGAAAAUGUUUGUUGAAACAAAUGAUGUGCUGUUGUUUCAAAUUGGUAACCACAUAUAAAAAGCUGUAUCCUUUUCUUCA